AUGCAGGCGCUGGGCUGUGCGCUCCUCUUCCUCGCGGUGCAACUGAUGGUGCCGGCAUAUUCAGAAGGUACCUGGUGCUACGACUCCCAGGACCCAAAGUGUGGCCCCACUCACUGGAAGGAGUUAGCCCCUGCUUGUGGAGGCCCAACCCAGUCACCCAUCAACAUUGACCUUCACCUGGUUCAGAAGGACUCUACUCUUCAGCCCUUCAUCUUUCAAGGCUACAACUUGGCACCUCCAGGCCCUUGGUCCUUGGAGAAUGAUGGUCAUACAGUGCUACUCCACAUGGACACUGGUCCACAGAAUGGCCUGGAGAUUUGGGGAGCUGGGCUGCCACCACCUGCCUACCGAGCUCUGCAGCUGUACUUUCACUGGGGGGCCCCAGGGCAUACAGGCUCGGAGCACAGCCUGGAUGGACAGCACUACUCCAUGGAGAUGCACAUUGUCCACAUAAAUACAAAGUACCAGAGCAUGGAGGAGGCACGACGUCACCCUGAUGGUCUCGCAGUGCUGGCAGUGCUGUUGGCGGAGCAGGACCAGGACAAUGUCAACUUCUCUGCUAUUGUGUUGGGCCUGAAAAAUGUGUCUAUACCUGGCCCCUUGGGGCUUUUGCGCUACUAUCGCUACUCUGGGUCGCUGACUAUGCCCGGCUGUGAGCCUUCUGUGCUCUGGACGGUCUUCGAGAAUGCCGUACCUAUUGGACCUGUGCAGGUAGCCCAGUUCCAGACUGUGCCCCAGGCUGGGAUGCUGGGCUUGCACCCUGAACCACUCACGGAUAAUUUCCGCCCUCUGCAGCCUCUUGGAGGGCGCAGAAUCUUGGCCUCCCCCAAAGCCUCUAUUCGAUCAGCAGCUCCACCAGGAUCCCCCAUCCUGGCUGGUGUUCACAGGGCUCUGCUGGCCCUGGGGCUCAGCCUGAUGGUCUGGCAGGACCCCUAG